AGUUGCGAAUCGGCUUUUCAAGCGUCUGGUUGUUAGUGCGCACACUAAAUUCGCUCGAAGCAUAGAAAUGGCCAAGGAUAAUCUUACGGCAGUGCUGCAUGGCAUUGAGGACAUGCGAUUGGAACAACGUCCUAUUCCAGAGAUAGCCGAUGAUGAGGUUCUCCUGGCCAUGGAUAGUGUCGGCAUUUGCGGCUCUGAUGUGCACUACCUUGCUCACGGACGAAUUGGUGACUUUGUGCUCACCAAACCGAUGAUCAUUGGCCACGAAUCCGCUGGAGUGGUGACCAAGUUGGGCAAGAAGGUGACCAACUUGAAGGUUGGCGACCGUGUGGCCAUCGAACCGGGAGUACCCUGUCGGUACUGCGACCACUGCAAGGAGGGCAAGUACAACCUUUGCCCCGGCAUGGUCUUCUGUGCCACGCCCCCCUACGAUGGCAAUCUCACCCGCUACUACAAGCAUGCAGCGGACUUUUGCUUCAAGCUACCCGACCACGUCACCAUGGAAGAGGGCGCCUUGCUCGAGCCUCUAUCAGUGGGCGUGCACGCCUGCAAGCGGGCAGAGGUCACCUUGGGCUCCAAAGUUCUCAUCCUGGGAGCAGGACCAAUCGGCCUGGUCACUCUUAUGGCUGCUCAAGCCAUGGGUGCCUCUGAGAUCCUGAUCACGGAUCUGCUGCAGCAGCGCCUGGACGUGGCCAAGGAGCUGGGCGCCACCCACACGCUCCUGCUGAAGCGGGAACAGACCGCCGAGGAGACGGCGGAGCUCGUCCGCCAAAUCAUGGGCGGUCAGCCGGACAAGGCGGUCGAUUGCUGUGGUGCGGAGAGCAGUGCCCGCUUGGCCAUCUUUGCCACUCGUUCCGGUGGAAUAGUCGUGGUGGUGGGCAUGGGAGCUGCUGAAGUCAAGUUGCCUCUGAUCAAUGCUCUGGCCCGCGAAGUGGAUAUCCGUGGUGUCUUCCGAUACUGCAACGACUAUGCCGCUGCCCUGGCCUUCGUGGCUUCUGGAAAAGUCAAUGUAAAGCGACUGGUGACGCAUCAUUUCGACAUAAAGGACACGGCAAAGGCGUUCGAAACCUCGCGAAAGGGACUAGGAGGCGCCAUCAAGGUUAUGAUCCACGUGCAGCCCCGCGACACCAACAAUCCUCGCAAAUUCUAAUUUCUUGUAUAAGCCGAUAAAUAUAUGUAGCAUAGAAAACACA